UACCCGGAAGUGACGUCUGUAAAGCUGAGACUCGCUCAGGGACGCGCUGAGUUCUUGGCACUGGUGAGCGGUGUUCUGACUGCGGUCCUGGGGCCGCUAUGAGCUGCACCAUCGAGAAGAUUCUGACAGACGCUAAGACUCUACUGGAGAGGCUGAGGGAGCACGAUGCGGCCGCCGAGUCACUAGUGGAUCAGUCGGCGGCUCUGCACCGGCGGGUAGCCGCUAUGCGGGAGGCGGGGACAGCGCUUCCGGACCAGGUCAGGCAGAGGUAUCAAGAGGAUGCAUCCGAUAUAAAGGACAUGUCCAAAUACAAACCUCACAUUCUGCUGUCCCAAGAGAAUACACAGAUUAGAGACUUGCAGCAGGAAAACAGAGAGCUAUGGGUUUCCUUGGAGGAACACCAGGAUGCUUUGGAACUCAUCAUGAGCAAAUACCGAAAACAGAUGUUACAAUUAAUGGUUGCUAAAAAAGCAGCGGAUGCUGAACCGGUCCUGAAAGCUCACCAGUCUCACUCUGCAGAAAUUGAGAAUCAGAUAGACAGAAUCUGUGAAAUGGGAGAAGUGAUGAGGAAAGCAGUUCAAAUGGAUGAUGACCAAUUUUGUAAGAUUCAGGAAAAACUAGCGCAAUUAGAGCUUGAAAAUAAGGAACUUCGAGAAUUAUUGUCCAUCAGCAGUGAGUCUCUUCAGGUCAGGAAGGAAAGCUCAGUGGACACUGCUUCCCAAGCCAUCAAAUAAUUCAACUUCUGAAUAAUGCCUGGAGGUUGUUUAUCAAGGAAGGAAGUUAUUAACGCUAUUCGAGUAUUGUGCGUUCAUUGUCUUGCCUCAGACUAGAUUUAAUGUUGAUUAAAUGUAUCAAGUGGCAGUUUACAAUUUGCAGUCAAAAGUGGCUGUCCACAAAAUAGUUUUAAGGUGUGUUAGUAAAAGUACACACUGAGUUUCACUAUUCCUUUCUGUAAGAGACUAAUUUUCAUUUCUGGGACCUUGAUUUAUAUAAACUGUGUUUUCAGUUCAUUUUUGUUCUUUCAUAUCUCUGAAACUUAUAGCAUUUUGUUAUAAGCCAGCAGUUUUAUUUUAUAUCAGAUUAUAAAUUGCAAUUCUAAAAAAUCUUAAACACAGAUUAUCUUUUUAAGUCUAUUUGGCAUAAACCUGGAUUUUUUUCCAUUUGAGAAAAAUAAUACAACUCCACAGAAGUUGAUUGGCACAUUCUCUAAUUUGUAACAUAGAUUCUCUAAUUUGUAACAUCAUUCACCUUUUAUGAAGUUUUAAGUCUCUCUGGUGCUAAGAGUUGGCACCUUAUAGCCAGGUGUCUUUACUCUUGAGAGAACCUAUUGCUAGUCCCCACAAAAUAUACUUGAAAGUAAGUCAGCUGUUUUUGUCCAGUGUUAGUAUAAUCAUCGUAUUGUUCAAAGAAUGUUGAAAAAUUUGUCCUGUGUAUGUGUAUGCACAUACAUGUGCUUAGUUCAGAUGCUGAAAGUAAAUUUUAUUUAUUCUGUUUGAUAUUAUUAGUCAGUUCUUCAGUUUUGUCCUACUUGGAAAUCUUCAACUUGGAUGGUUUAUCCAGUGUGAAGAAUAUAUAAUAGGUUUAUUCACAUCAUAGUUAAAGGUACUACAUUCUACUGUUUAAUUUAUAUAUAACUUGUAAUUAAGAACCAUCACUUGUUUGCAUGUCUUUCAUCACUGGUACUAGUAGUUGGCUUUUUUUUUAGAUCCACUUUUCACAAGGAAGCAAAGUUUUAUCACUUAAUGAGAGUUUAUUUCAUUUCUAAAAGCUGUGUUGAGAGUCAAAUGCUAAGUGAUCAGCUAGGCUCACUCGUCAUUUUAUUCCCCAUCUCAGUUUACUCAUAUUUCAAAUUUAUAAAUUACUCAUGUAAUACUAUCAAUUUAGGUUUGCCCCCAAAUAGUUGAAAUAAUGAAUGCUAAAUCUGUCAAUAUUUCCCAGUUACCCUAAGCAUUAUACUGCAUGGGACAGACACAUCAUUAGAAAGAUUUUUGUUAGUGCUUUGAGUGGUGUAAACUUUCUUUUGUAACACCAUAAAGAAUUAACACCAAUUAAAACAACAGAAUUUAUCCAAGAUAUCCUAAAAGCAUCUGAUCCCAGUAAUACUAACAGACUUUGCUUACAGUGGUAGGCUGUAACGAAUUGGUAUAUGUCAUUUUUUAAUUUGUCAAAUUUCUAUUCAGAGUCUUGCAAACAAUUUGAAAAACAUUUCCACCCAAAGUGUGGAUGUUCUUAUCUCAUUUCCUAAGAGUAUGUAAAUUUUUAGUCUGAUCAUUUGCCUUGAAGUGUAUGCCCUAAGUGCCACCGUGUCGCACAGUUCCAUUCAGGAGGCAGAAAUAUGCCAUUUGUUAGCUGCCAUGGCCAAUUUUUGGUGAAAAUGAUAAAUCAAAUGACCCACUAAAAUACAACAUAGUGUCCUUUUAUCUGCUCUAUGUCCCUUUAGAGAUGUUUGUAGAGUUCCUUACAUCUCAGAUAUCAGGAUAAAUCUAAAUGCUAACUUUUCCUUUGGCAAAUCAAAAACUUGAAGCUUGAGUCUCAACAGUUCUCAAGACCCUAUAUAAUAUUGAGCCUAGCUGGUGUUAAUACUAUGAAAAUAGUGUGUAGUUAAAGAGGAGAAAGAAUGUUCUUGACUUUGGUUUGUGUAUGAAAGUUUACUUUGCAGUUGAUGAAGGAACUUGACUGGUUUCCAAAUUUUAGUACAAACUUACCUUUUCUAAUAGAAAUCUCAUUUUGAGAAUAACAGCUAAUAUAACUCAGUAAUGAGUCGAAUUAUUAGAAAGUGCAAAGGUUUAUUUUUCACUUAUAUAGCAAACUGUCAAUUAGGGCUUGUCAUAAAUACUUCCUAAUUAUCACAUUAUAGUUAGUAUAACCAAAAAUAGUUAUUUCUGAAAUGGUGUUAGAGAUGUCCUCAUAGUUAGAAAUCGUAAGUUACAUGAUUACAAGUCAAAAUGUAAAAUUAAAACAGUUUGGAAGUAUCUUGAAAAUUAA